AUGGCGGCUUUAGAGUUGCAAAGUCCAAAUAUUUCUCAGGAUGAAGAGAUUUAUAAAUUGAUAAAAGAUAAUUGGAAUGAAGACAAGCCUACUGAGUCUUUAAAAGUUCUCGACCCAGAAGAUCCUCUGAUGAAACGAUUUCAAGAAGCACUCAAAACUCAUCUUGUAAAAAUAAAUAAAAAUUUAACUGAAGAAAUCAAUGAACUUAAAGUGACGUGUAAGGAGACAAAUAAAAAACGUGAAGAAAAAGGCCUUGAGAUGUAUGAAGCUCAGCGAGAAAUUUCACGCCAACAAACCGCGGUUGAAAAGUACAGAAAGUUAUUGGAAGAUAUAAAACAAAGCCGAGAAGAAAAAGAAUGUCAUUUAAUUGAGCUAAAAGAAAUACGUAACAGAGUACGUAAUGAGACUGAAGAAGAAAACCGACGUGCUGAAGAAAUGUUGCGGGAAAUUGAAAGCACAUCGUCACUGUACAAACGUUUUUCAGAGUACGAACAAGAAAUAUCCGAUCGUAUGGCUGUGGCUGAAAGAAUGUCGCAAAAAGACGCGACUGUUGAACGAGAAAUGAUUCGACAGAAACAAGAAGCUGAUUAUAUUUUGUGGAAAUUGUCAGAGGAAAUUUGGAGACUCGAAAAAGAAAUAGAUGAUUUAAGACGACAAAUUGAGAUUAAGAAUGAAGAAAAAUUAGUUGUUACUCAGACUGUUGCUGACGCGGAUGCUGAUCUCGGGGGACUUCAGAGAGAGAGAAAGGAUUUGAUGGAUGCCUGGAACAGUGUUAUUUCCAGUAUUGUACAAAGAGAUAAAGUUUUUGAUGAACUGUCUCAUGAAAGAUUAACUAUGAGAGAGUCUUUUAAAACUUUACUUACUCGGAUAGAAAAAGUUAAAAAAGACACUCAAAAAGAAAUGGAGAAUAAUGAAAAGUUAACUGAAAUUAAAUCAAGACUUGAGGAAGAAGUUAGAUGUAUUGAUGCUGGUUAUGGAGCCCAAAAUGAUCAAGCUGAAGCUAUGCAAUACAGAAUUGACAAACUUAAUAAUCAAAUUGAUUAUUAUGAUACUCAAGUUGGAGCUUUAUCUUAUGAAUUUCAAGGUCUAAAAAAUGAAGAAAAAUCUUUAGAUCAAGAACUUGAUAAAUUAGCGCAUCAAAAGAAGACUUUGGAGAAUGACGUAUCAACGAAACUUGAAGACAAAGUAAUCCAAGAUAAAGCAGUAAGAAGUCUUACUAAAGUACUGCGUGAUACCAGAGAGACAGCCAAUCAAUUGGAAUUAUCGAUGAUUCAAACAGAAAAUCAGUAUGGAAAGAAUUUAUUAAACUUAGAGCGAUUGACUAGCGACGUAUCUUCGCGAAAAGAAGAUUUAGAGGAAUUAGCACACUCUAAUAGUGUUCGAGAAAAAGAAUUGGCGGAUUUGCAAGGGCAGGUAGAAAAGUAUAAUUCAUUGAUUGAGCGUAAGCAGAAACAAAUAGUUGAGUUGAAUAAAAAAAUAGACGAGAUAAAUUCGAAGGAGGGUGGUGGUAUCGAUAUGGCGCCUCAGGAUAUUAAAAUAGCUUCGUUGGAAAAAAGUAUUGAGGAGUUUGACGCUAAAAAUCAAGAAUCUCAACAACAGUGGUUGCGUCAAGAGAGUCUUUUAGUUAGACUGACUCAGGAACAAGACGUUCAGCUAGAUGAAAUCAAUCGUCUGAGUAAACAGAUAAUGAUAAUGGAGCAAAAAAAUUUAAAACUUGAGCGUUUGCUUGAGAAUGAAAAGAAAACGGAGAAGAAUAUCGACAGACGAAUGAAUGAACUUCACCAGCGUCUGAUAAAGACUAAUGCGAUUCUUGCAGAACAAAAAGAACUUAAGGAUCAAUUGCAGGAUAAAAAUUUUAUUACCAAAGAUGAAUUUACGAAAAAGUUACAGGAUGAAGAGACUGAACUUAUUAAAUUGGAGAAUAAUAUACGUGAUUUAGCGGAAGAAAAGUCUUUGCUAGAAGACAAAUUACGUGCCGCUCACUCUGAGUAUUUAUCGUGGGAGAAAAAAGUUAAAGUUGCUGCUGAGACCUCGAGAGUUAUUAAAGAAGAACAGAAUCCUGGUGGCGAGGUUGCUGUUAUGAAGAGUGAGAUACAUAAAAUGGAAAUGAGAUUGUUGCAUUUGAAAAAAGCACAAGAAAAAAUGAUUAAAGAUAUGGAGCACUGUGUUGUUCGUAGGGAAAUGAUUAUGGAUGCUGCUUUGGCGAAAGAGCAGAAAAAUUUACGGGGAAGUCAUAAUAAACAGGUCAUGUUUGAAAAACGUAUGGAAGGACGGAGAAUGAAGAUUAAACAAAUUUCUAAGGAAAAUAAAUCUCUGGAGAAUCAAAUCUUGGAAUUACAAGCUGAAAAAAAUAUACUUGAAAUAGAAACUGAUGAGAAUAAAAAACUAUUAAAGGAUUAUGAAGAUGAAAUAUAUGAGAUAGAUAAACAAAUAGCUGAAGCUGAACUUAUGAAACAUCACAAACUUGAAUGUCUGGUGAGAAAACAACGUAAAAUAGGACUACUGCAAAAAGUCCGAGAGGGAAAAUAUAAAAUGUUUCAUAAAUCAGAGGCAAUAUUGAACGACGAAUUAGAGCGUCAGAGGAUUUUAAAUGGUGAUCUGAUAGAAAUAAUGGAGCAAACUAGCCGAGAUUUUCCUCACCUCAAAGACGAUAUAAAAAAAAUUCUGCUAACGUUACAAUUAUCAUAA